CUCUUCUAAACUCGGUUUCGAAUUACAGACAGACACGCACUCUCUCUCUCUCUCUGUCUCUCUCUCUCUCUCUCUUACUCCAUUGUAUUGCAACUUUUCCUCUUCAUUUUCUUCAUGACACUUAAUUUCUGUAUGGGACUGAGUUAGAAGUCAUCAUUCUCAUCUCUCUCUCUCCACACACACACCCACACACACAUACACACACAAGAAGCAGAAGCAGAAGCAGAAGCAGGAUAAAUGGCAAGAAAUGAAUGGAUAAAUGGCUACUUGGAGGCGAUUUUGGACGCGGGCGGAUUGAAAGUGGGAGAUAAACAUGAUCAUAAUACAGAGAGAAACAAGAAGAACAGCAAAAAUAAGAAAAAGAUUGAUGAGAAUAAUAAUAAGUUGAGAUUCGAAAAGUUCAAAUAUAAAGAAAGGGAAGAGAAGCUGUUUAGUCCCACCAAGUACUUCGUUGAAGAAGUUGUCAACAGCUUUGAUGAGUCCGACCUCCACAGGACAUGGGUCAAGGUAACAGCAACAAGGAAUUCUCGUGAACGGAAUAACAGGCUCGAGAAUAUGUGCUGGCGCAUUUGGCAUCUUGCCCGUAAAAAGAAGCAGAUAGCUUGGGAUGAUGCACAGAGGCUAGCAAAAUGUCAUCUUGAACGCGAGAAAGGUCGAAAUGAUGCUGCCGAAGAUCUUUCUGAGUUGUCCGAAGGAGAGAAGGAGAAAGGUGAAGCAAGUCAAUCAGAGUCUAUCACAACGGAGAAAAUCUCCAGAAUUAACUCUGAUAUGCAAAUGUGGUCCGAUGAAGAUAAAUCUACACACCUUUACAUUAUCCUCAUCAGUCUUCAUGGGUUGGUCCGUGGAGAGAACAUGGAACUCGGAAGAGAUUCUGAUACCGGUGGUCAGGUGAAAUACGUCGUAGAACUUGCUCGAGCACUAGCCAACAUGAAAGGAGUCUACCGUGUUGAUCUUUUGACUCGACAAAUCACAUCACCAGAGGUCGACUAUAGCUACAGUGAACCUAUUGAGAUGCUCUCAUGCCCACCCGACGGAUGUGGUAGUUGUGGUGCCUACAUUAUCCGAAUACCAUGUGGACCUCGGGACAAGUACAUUCCCAAAGAGUCGCUCUGGCCUCACAUACCUGAAUUUGUUGAUGGGGCUUUAAGCCACAUUGUCAACAUGGCAAGAGCUUUGGGAGAGGAAGUUGGCGGGGGCAAGCCAGCAUGGCCUUACGUAAUUCACGGCCACUAUGCGGAUGCUGGGGAGGUAGCAGCACGCUUGUCUGGGGCCUUGAAUGUCCCAAUGGUGCUAACGGGCCACUCUUUGGGGCGGAACAAGUUCGAGCAAUUACUUAAACAAGGGAGGCUCUCUAGAGAGGACAUAAACACAACCUACAAGAUUAUUAGGAGGAUUGAAGCCGAAGAGUUGGGGUUGGAUGCAGCUGAAAUUGUGGUGACUAGCACAAAGCAAGAAAUAGAAGAGCAAUGGGGUUUGUAUGAUGGUUUUGAUAUCAAGCUGGAGAGGAAGCUUAGGAUCAGGAAACGGCGUGGAGUGAGUUGCUAUGGGCGCUACAUGCCAAGGAUGGUGGUUAUACCACCAGGCAUGGACUUCAGCUACGUCACCACACAAGAUCCACUGGAAGGUGAUGGCGAUCUUAAGUCAUUGAUCGGCUCUGCUAAAACUCAAAACAAAAGACAGAUACCGCUGAUAUGGUCUGAGAUAAUGAGAUUUUUCACAAACCCCCACAAGCCCAUGAUCCUUGCAUUAUCCCGUCCAGAUCCCAAGAAAAAUGUAACCACUUUGCUCAAGGCUUUUGGGGAAUGCCAACCCCUCAGAGAACUAGCCAAUUUGACACUAAUACUUGGUAACAGAGAUGACAUAGAAGAGAUGUCUAACAGCAGCUCAGUUGUUCUUACAAUGGUACUCAAGCUCAUCGACAAGUAUGACCUGUAUGGUCAGGUGGCCUAUCCCAAGCAUCACAAACAGAGUGACGUUCCCGAGAUAUAUCGUCUGGCAGCAAAAACAAAGGGAGUUUUCAUCAACCCAGCUCUUGUGGAACCUUUUGGCCUCACGCUCAUAGAGGCAGCCGCUUAUGGUUUGCCUACUGUUGCCACCAAAAAUGGUGGACCUGUCGAUAUCCUCAAGGCACUCAACAAUGGCCUUCUCGUAGACCCACACGAUCAUAACGUUAUAGCAGAGGCCCUCCUAAAGCUCGUCGCUGACAAGAACCUCUGGCUUGAAUGCCGUAAAAAUGGGCUAAAGAACAUCCACUGCUUCUCAUGGCCAGAACACUGCCGCAAUUACCUCUCCCACAUGGAGCAUUGCAGGAACCAUCACCCAACCACCCAUCAUAAAAUAAUGCCUGCUCUUGAAGAGCCCAUGAGCGACUCCCUGCGGGAUAUUGAAGAUCUUUCUUUGAAAUUUUCCAUUGAUGGAGACUUCAAGCCCAAUGGAGACCUCGAUGCAGCAGCCAGACAGAAGGAAAUCAUUGAGACCCUAACCCGAGUGGCUACCUCAAAUGGAAAUUCCAGUAUUAAUUACUGCCCAGGAAGGAGGCAAGGGCUGUUUAUUAUAGCCACUGAUUGUUAUUAUAGCAAUGGUGUUUGCACUGAGACCUUACCAUUAAUCAUAAAAAAUGUGAUGAAAGCAGUUGCGAGCCCUGGUCGAAUAGGUUUUAUAUUGUUAACAGGUUUAACAUUACAAGAGACGAAGGAAGCAUUGAAAUGCAGCCAAGUAAAAUUGGAAGAUUUCGAUGCGAUGGUCUGUAGUAGUGGAAGUGAAAUAUACUACCCAUGGAAGGAUUUGAUGGCAGAUAUGGAUUAUGAAUCCCAUGUUGAGUACAGAUGGCCCAGAGAGAAUGUGAGAUCAGUAAUAAUCAGGCUUGCUAGGGUCGAAGAUGGAGCUGAGGAUGACAUAGUGGAGUAUGUGGAUGCAAAUAGCUCAAGAUGCUACUCUUACAGCAUUAAACCAGGAGCCAAGAUUCGAAGGAUUGAUGGCCUGCGCCAGAGGCUACGAAUGAGAGGCUUUAGAUGCAAUCUAGUGUACACGCAUGCCGCAUCAAGGUUGAAUGUGACACCAUUAUUUGCAUCAAGAGCCCAAGCACUAAGGUACCUAGCAGUUAGAUGGGGUAUUGAUCUUUCCAAAAUGGUAGUGUUUGUGGGGGAAAGAGGAGAUACAGAUUAUGAGGACAUGUUGGUUGGUCUCCAAAAAACUGUUAUCCUAAGAAGGUCUGUCAAAUAUGGAAGCGAGAUGCUUCUUCAUAGCGAAGACAGCUUUAAAAGGGAAGAUGUUGCCCCCCAAGAUAGCCCUAGAAUUGCCUUUGCUCAGGGUUAUGAAGCCCAUGAUAUCUCCACAGCUUUGGAGGUUCUUGGAAUUAUGUAAUUUUUGUUUAAACCUUUUUUUUUCCUUUACAAUUUCCUGUUGAGGAAGAUGGGGGAGUUAUGCUUUUAUACAUAAUGCAAAAGCUAGUAUAUGAUUAAAUUAUAUAAGAAUACACAUGGAA